UUGGUUUGAGAGAUUGGAAUCAAAGAAUAACCAACAUAUGCCUUGAAGAUGUUUGUUUAAAUGCCAAAAUAUCUAAUUUGUUAAACCAAAAGAAAUGCUGUCCACUUUUGGACCCAUAAACCCCUUGUUCUCCAUAUUCAAACCUCUGAAAACCCCAACUCAAGCCCUAACCCUAACCCUAGCAAUGGCGACCCUAUCUGGUCCAGAUAAUCGAAGACCCACAUGCCCAUCUUGUUCCAAACCGACCCGAGUCUGUUUCUGCAACCGAUUCAAGACCUCAGUUCUUGACAACUCCAUAGCUGUCACACUUCUCCAACACCGUUUAGAGAAGAAACACCCCCUAAAUUCAGCCAAGAUUGCAACUUUAGGUCUCAAGAAUGUCAAUCUUGCUUAUGUUUCAGAUGUUGUUUCACAAGCCCACUUUGAUAUUCACUUUCUUGAUUCAAAUCUUGAUAUGGGUCAUCAAGAUUUAGUUGAAAAUCACAAAAAGAUUCAACCUUUAAACUUGUUUGAUUCAAAUCUUGAUAUGGGUCAUCAAGAUUCAGUUGAAAUUCACAAAACGAUUCAACCUUUACACUUGUUUGAUUCAAAUCUUGAUAUGGGUCAUCAAGAUUCAGUUGAAAUUCCCAAAAAGAUUCAACCUUUACACUUGUUUGAUUCAAAUCUUGAUAUGGGUCAUCAAGAUUCAGUUGAAAUUCACAAAAAGAUUCAACCUUUACACUUGUUUGAUUCAAAUCUUGAUCUGGGUCAUCAAGAUUCACUUGAAAAUCACAAAAAGAUUCAAUCUUUACGACCUGCUGAUAUCAGUUUCACUGUUAAAAGAAGGGGUGUCAGCAAUCAAGAUUUUGAUGAGCUUUUGGUUGAUCAGUCUUGUUUAAAUAAUGGGUUUGUUGUGACAAAGAUUCAAAAAGAGAUUGAUGGAAACAAUAUUGAAGAAUUCAAAAUUGUGGUUCCUCCAGGAUCGAUGCUUUUGUUCCCAAGUGAGAAAUCGAUUGGGAUCGAAGAUGUCGAUUUCGAUGUGAAGAACUUGAUUGUGUUGGAUGGGACAUGGGCUAAAGCACUUAGAAUGUACAAAGAGAAUCCAUGGUUGAGAUUGUUGCCACAUGUGAAGUUGGAAGUUGAUAAGUUGAGUUUGUAUGGUGAAGUGAGGCGACAACCAAAAGCAAGAUGUUUGUCAUCCAUUGAAAGCAUUGUUUAUGCACUCAAGGCAAUUGGGAAAGAUGAUCAUCAAGGUUUGGAUAGUUUGUUGGAUGUUUUUGAGUCUAUGGUUGUAGAUCAGAGGAGGUGCAUGAAUGAAAGAUUGAAUCUUGAAAGCAGCAUUUGAUCCAUUUUAAUUUGAGAUUGUAGUUUAUCAUUCAUAGUAGUGGUUCUUUUUAGCUUGGUGGUUUCUAUGUUAAAAGAGUGAGUGCCUAACC